AUGCAGCCCACCAAUGACUUCGUGUCCACAUACUCAGCGGAUGCGCGUACAGAAGCGACCGAAAUCCAGGACGAGGCUGGAUACCCCGCAGCCAAUGAUUUCGAUGAUCGCCUGUGGGGCACCCUUGAGCCCCGUAGCCCGUUGCUGGACUGCGUGGCUCUGUACAAGGCCCAGCCCGUCAUCUCCAUUGGUAGAACUUCUGAAGGGAACGCGGUAGUUCUACCUCAUAUUACAAUCGGAAAUCCUCAUUGCGUACUACAGUGGGACGAGCGGUGCAAUGGCAAGUCUCACGUCACAGUGAAGGACCUUUCGGGUAACGGAACUUGGAUUAACGGCAACGAUAUCAGGAAGGGUCAAACAGCAAUCUUGAGAGAUGGCGAUGAGAUCACGUUUGGACAAUACAAGGCUAACCGCAGCUCGUCGCUGGAGGAUUUCCGCUUCAUCUAUCGCCAUAAAGCCUCCGCGCUGCACCGUAGCGUUGUAGAGGAGUUUUACCAGUUCGGUGAUCAGCUUGGACAGGGUGCAUUCGGCACCGUUAUUCGCAGCCUUUCACGUACGACGAACCAGUGGUAUGCCAUCAAGGUCCUCCAUGACAAGACGCUCGACCACGCCGACUCUAUCUCUUCAUUCCUCACAAGAGAGAUCUUCGCUCUCGGGAAGCUUCAGCACAAGAACAUCUGCCAGCUCGAAGAGGUGUUCUUCGAGAAUUCACGGAUUAGUCUCGUCCUCGAACUCGUAGAUGGCGGGGAUUUGCUCAAUUUUAUAGAAGCUCGUGUUCGUUUGAAGAACCAUCUGGCUAGCUAUAUAACAUCCCAGCUGGUCGAUACUUUAUCAUUCGUUCAUAGUCAAGGCAUCGUGCACCGCGAUCUGAAGCCCGAAAACAUCCUGCUUACUUCUACAAACCCGCCCGUCGUCAAAAUCGCUGACUUUGGUCUCGCCAAGGCUAUUAGUCACGCGUCAGGUCUCAAGACGUUUUGCGGUACGGAGGCUUACCUUGCGCCAGAGAUUGCCAAACGAAAGAACGCCAAAAAAUACGAUAAACUUGUUGACUCGUGGAGCGUUGGCGUCAUCAUCUUCCAGAUGUUAACCGGUCGAUUACCUUUUAUUAAAGGGGCGUCGCCCGAUGUCCAGCAGCGCGUCGUAGAGCGCACGAUUAGAUGGCAACUACUCUUGAAGGACGUAAAGGCAACCAAAAAUGCUACGAAUUUGAUUCGACGCCUUCUCGAGUCUAACCCCGCGAAGCGUAUGUCUCUGGCGAGAGCUAAACAUCACCCCUGGCUCGCGGGCUACCAGCAUGGCCGUGCCGCUCUAGACCCCGACGCGCUAUCCAUCAAGGCCGAAUGCGAGACGUCAGCUAUUCCCAAGGAGUGCGACUGGGACGCCGUCUUCGCUUUGGUUGAGGAGUAG